AUGAGCCUCCCUGCCGGCCACGGUCAGAGCACGUCUUACGAGCAGGUGGAAGCCAGCGAGGACGGCCACGAGAACGGUACUACUUCGCGCGAACGUCAGCGUGAGAGCGCGUAUGCCGACGCGGCCGUCGCCUCCAACGCCUCCACCUCGUACGCGCCGCGCGACGACUCACCUCCACCCACCCGCUCGCACGCCACCUGGGACACACGUAUUGGCCGGGUGCGCGACGACACUAGCGACGAGGAGGAGGAGCUCGAGGAGAAGGACUACAGGCGCGCACGCAAGGGCCUCCUGCGCAACUCGGGCAACUAUACCGCCGACUCGCUGGGCAAAAAGUCGAAGAAGUCGGGCACGUCCACCUCGGGAAGCGUCAAGAGCAAGGGCAGCUUGCGCUCCAAGAUCUCGAGGUAA